CCGACGUCUCGUUCACGGCCCAGCCGUGGGGUCAGGCGGCCCCACCACUUGUCGCUGGUGGGCCUUGGCCUGCCCAGGUUUGGGGGGCAUCGGGCUGGGAGCCUGGGGGGCCUGGCCUGGCCCUGCAGGGCCUCCCGGGCCGGGAUGGGAGCUGUAGUCUCGCGGGAAGGUGAGGCCGCCCUCUGGGGCCGCCCCUCUGCGGGUGUCAUCCUGGGGGAAGGAUGGGUCUGAUGUUGGCUGCGGUGUGCCUCCUGGAAGCCGGCAGCACAGCCUGUGUGUGUGGACUCCGCUGGCCCGCUGGCUGGCACUUUUUCUUUUUCUUUUUCUUUUUUUUUCUUGUGGGAGAGUUACUUCAAGUUGUGUUUGGAGCUGACGUGAGCGAGGUUGGUCAUGUGCUCGGUUGCCAGUGACGGGGUGGCCCGUGAGCUGAUGACGAGGACUGGCUUUUAAUCCUUGGUGGUGAUUAAGAGAAAGCUUAUCGGGGCCUGGGACCCCCCAGCCCGACCCCCACCACCAUGUCGGGAUCCACACAGCCUGUGGCACAGACGUGGAGGGCCACUGAGCCCCGCUACCCGCCCCACAGCCUUUCCUACCCAGUGCAGAUCGCCCGGACGCACACGGACGUCGGGCUCCUGGAGUACCAGCACCACUCCCGGGACUAUGCCUCCCACCUGUCGCCUGGCUCCAUCAUGCAGCCCCAGCGGCGGAGGCCCUCCCUGCUGUCCGAGUUCCAGCCCGGGAAUGAACGGUCCCAGGAGCUCCACCUGCGGCCAGAGUCCCACUCAUACCUGCCCGAGCUGGGGAAGUCAGAGAUGGAGUUCAUUGAAAGCAAGCGCCCUCGGCUAGAGCUGCUGCCUGACCCCCUGCUGCGACCGUCGCCCCUGCUGGCCUCGGGCCAGCCUGCGGGAUCUGAAGACCUCACCAAGGACCGUAGCCUGACGGGCAAGCUGGAACCGGUGUCUCCCCCCAGCCCCCCGCACACUGACCCUGAGCUGGAGCUGGUGCCUCCACGGCUGUCCAAGGAGGAGCUGAUCCAGAACAUGGACCGCGUGGACCGAGAGAUCACCAUGGUGGAGCAGCAGAUCUCUAAGCUGAAGAAGAAGCAGCAACAGCUGGAGGAGGAGGCUGCCAAGCCGCCGGAGCCUGAGAAGCCCGUGUCACCGCCGCCCAUCGAGUCGAAGCACCGCAGCCUGGUGCAGAUCAUCUACGACGAGAACCGGAAGAAGGCCGAAGCUGCACAUCGGAUUCUGGAAGGCCUGGGGCCCCAGGUGGAGCUGCCGUUGUACAACCAGCCCUCCGACACCCGGCAGUAUCAUGAGAACAUCAAAAUAAACCAGGCGAUGCGGAAGAAGCUGAUCUUGUACUUCAAGAGGAGGAAUCACGCUCGGAAACAAUGGGAGCAGAAGUUCUGCCAGCGCUAUGACCAGCUCAUGGAGGCCUGGGAGAAGAAGGUGGAGCGCAUCGAGAACAACCCCCGGCGGCGGGCCAAGGAGAGCAAGGUGCGCGAGUACUACGAGAAGCAGUUCCCUGAGAUCCGCAAGCAGCGCGAGCUGCAGGAGCGCAUGCAGAGCAGGGUGGGCCAGCGGGGCAGUGGGCUGUCCAUGUCGGCCGCCCGCAGCGAGCACGAGGUGUCGGAGAUCAUCGAUGGCCUCUCAGAGCAGGAGAACCUGGAGAAGCAGAUGCGCCAGCUGGCCGUGAUCCCGCCCAUGCUGUACGACGCCGACCAGCAGCGCAUCAAGUUCAUCAACAUGAACGGGCUCAUGGCCGACCCCAUGAAGGUGUACAAAGACCGCCAGGUCAUGAACAUGUGGAGUGAGCAGGAGAAGGAGACCUUCCGGGAGAAGUUCAUGCAGCAUCCCAAGAACUUUGGCCUGAUUGCAUCAUUCCUGGAGAGGAAGACGGUGGCUGAGUGCGUCCUCUAUUACUACCUGACUAAGAAGAAUGAGAACUAUAAGAGCCUGGUGAGACGGAGCUAUCGGCGCCGUGGCAAGAGCCAGCAGCAGCAACAGCAGCAGCAGCAGCAGCCCAUGCCCCGCAGCAGCCAGGAGGAGAAAGAUGAGAAGGAGAAGGAAAAGGAGGCGGAGAAGGAGGAGGAGAAGCCGGAGGUGGAGAAUGACAAGGAAGACCUCCUCAAGGAGAAGACAGACGACACCUCAGGGGAGGACAACGACGAGAAGGAGGCCGUGGCCUCCAAAGGCCGCAAAACUGCCAACAGCCAGGGGAGACGCAAAGGCCGCAUCACCCGCUCAAUGGCUAAUGAGGCCAACAGCGAGGAGGCCAUCACCCCCCAGCAGAGCGCCGAGCUGGCCUCCAUGGAGCUGAAUGAGAGUUCUCGCUGGACAGAAGAAGAAAUGGAAACAGCCAAGAAAGGUCUCCUGGAACACGGCCGCAACUGGUCAGCCAUCGCCCGGAUGGUGGGCUCCAAGACUGUGUCACAGUGUAAGAACUUCUACUUCAACUACAAGAAGAGGCAGAACCUCGAUGAGAUCUUGCAGCAGCACAAGCUAAAGAUGGAGAAGGAGAGGAACGCGCGGAGGAAGAAGAAGAAAGCCCCGGCGGCGGCCAGCGAGGAGGCUGCGUUCCCGCCCGUAGUGGAGGAUGAGGAGAUGGAGGCGUCCGGCGUGAGCGGAAACGAGGAGGAGAUGGUGGAGGAGGCCGAAGCCUUACAUGCCUCUGGGAAUGAGGUGCCCAGAGGGGAAUGCAGUGGCCCAGCCACUGUCAACAACAGCUCAGACACCGAGAGUAUCCCCUCUCCUCGAGCUGAGGCCGCCAAGGACACAGGGCAGAAUGGGCCCAAGCCCCCAGCCGCCCUGGGCACCGACGGGCCACCCCCAGAGCCACCCACCCCACCACCGGAGGACAUCCCGGCCCCCACUGAGCCCACCCCGGCCUCUGAAGCCACUGGAGCCCCUACGCCCCCACCAGCACCCCCAUCGCCCUCUGCAUCCCCUCCUGUGGUCCCCAAGGAGGAGAAGGAGGAGGAGACCGCAGCGGCGCCCCCAGUGGAGGAGGGGGAGGAGCAGAAGCCCCCCGCGGCUGAGGAGCUGGCCGUGGACACAGGGAAGGCGGAGGAGCCUGUCAAGAGCGAGGGCACGGAGGAAGCCGAGGAGGGGCCGGCUAAGGGCAAGGACACGGAGGCCGCUGAGGCCACAGCUGAGGGGACACUCAAGGCAGAGAAGAAGGAGGGCGGGAGCGGCAGGGCCACCACAGCCAAGGGCUCGGGCGCCCCCCAGGACAGCGACUCCAGUGCCACCUGCAGUGCAGACGAGGUGGAUGAGCCCGAGGGCGGCGACAAGAACCGGCUGCUGUCCCCAAGGCCCAGCCUCCUCACCCCGACUGGUGACCCCCGGGCCAAUGCCUCGCCCCAGAAGCCGCUGGACCUGAAGCAGCUGAAGCAGCGAGCAGCUGCCAUCCCCCCCAUCCAGGUCACCAAAGUCCAUGAGCCCCCCCGGGAGGACGCAGCUCCCACCAAGCCAGCUCCCCCAGCCCCACCGCCGCCGCAGCACCUGCAGCCGGAGAGUGAUGCCCCUCAGCAGCCUGGCAGCAGCCCCCUGGGCAAGAGCAGGAGCCCAGCGCCCCCCACCGACAAGGAGGCAGAGAAGCCUGUGUUCUUCCCAGCCUUCGCAGCUGAGGCCCAGAAGCUGCCUGGGGAGCCCCCUUGCUGGACUUCCGGCCUGCCCUUCCCCGUGCCCCCCCGUGAGGUGAUCAAGGCCUCCCCGCAUGCCCCGGACGCCUCAGCCUUCUCCUACGCUCCACCUGGUCACCCGCUGCCCCUGGGCCUCCAUGACACUGCCCGGCCCGUCCUGCCGCGCCCGCCCACCAUCUCCAACCCGCCUCCCCUCAUCUCCUCUGCCAAGCACCCCAGCGUCCUUGAGAGGCAAAUAGGUGCCAUCUCCCAGGGAAUGUCGGUCCAGCUCCACGUCCCGUACUCAGAGCAUGCCAAGGCCCCGGUGGGCCCCGUCACCAUGGGGCUGCCCCUGCCCAUGGACCCCAAAAAGCUGGCGCCCUUCAGCGGAGUGAAGCAGGAGCAGCUGUCCCCACGGGGCCAGGCUGGGCCACCGGAGAGCCUGGGGGUGCCCACGGCCCAGGAGGCAUCCGUGCUGAGAGGGACAGCUCUGGGCUCAGUUCCGGGCGGAAGCAUCACCAAAGGCAUUCCUAGCACACGGGUGCCCUCGGACAGCGCCAUCACAUACCGCGGCUCCAUCACCCACGGCACGCCAGCUGACGUCCUGUACAAGGGCACCAUCACCAGGAUCAUCGGCGAGGACAGCCCGAGUCGCUUGGACCGCGGCCGGGAGGACAGCCUGCCCAAGGGCCACGUCAUCUACGAAGGCAAGAAGGGCCACGUCUUGUCCUAUGAGGGUGGCAUGUCUGUGACCCAGUGCUCCAAGGAGGACGGCCGAAGCAGCUCAGGACCCCCCCAUGAGACGGCUGCCCCCAAGCGCACCUAUGACAUGAUGGAGGGCCGCGUGGGCAGAGCCAUCUCCUCAGCCAGCAUCGAAGGUCUCAUGGGCCGUGCCAUCCCGCCAGAGCGACACAGCCCCCACCACCUCAAAGAGCAGCACCACAUCCGCGGGUCCAUCACACAAGGGAUCCCUCGGUCCUACGUGGAGGCACAGGAGGACUACUUGCGUCGGGAGGCCAAGCUCCUGAAGCGGGAGGGCACGCCUCCGCCCCCGCCGCCCCCGCGGGACCUGACUGAGGCCUACAAGACGCAGGCCCUGGGCCCCCUGAAACUGAAGCCGGCCCAUGAGGGCCUGGUGGCCACGGUGAAGGAGGCGGGCCGCUCCAUCCAUGAGAUCCCGCGCGAGGAGCUGCGGCACACGCCCGAGCUGCCCCUGGCCCCGCGGCCGCUCAAGGAGGGCUCCAUCACGCAGGGCACCCCGCUCAAGUACGACACCGGCGCAUCCACCACUGGCUCCAAAAAGCACGACGUACGCUCCCUCAUCGGCAGCCCCGGCCGGACGUUCCCACCCGUGCACCCGCUGGACGUGAUGGCCGACGCCCGCGCACUGGAACGCGCCUGCUAUGAGGAGAGCCUGAAGAGCCGGCCGGGGACCGCCAGCAGCUCGGGGGGCUCCAUUGCGCGCGGCGCCCCGGUCAUCGUGCCUGAGCUGGGCAAGCCGCGGCAGAGCCCCCUGACCUAUGAGGACCACGGGGCACCCUUCACCGGCCACCUUCCGCGAGGUUCGCCUGUGACCACGCGGGAGCCCACGCCGCGCCUGCAGGAGGGCAGCCUCUCCUCCAGCAAGGCAUCCCAGGACCGAAAGCUGACGUCGACGCCUCGUGAGAUCGCCAAGUCCCCGCACAGCACCGUGCCCGAGCACCACCCACACCCCAUCUCGCCCUAUGAGCACCUGCUUCGGGGUGUGAGUGGCGUGGACCUGUAUCGCAGCCACAUUCCCCUGGCCUUCGACCCCACCUCCAUACCCCGCGGCAUCCCUCUGGACGCAGCCGCUGCCUACUACCUGCCUCGGCACCUGGCCCCCAACCCCACCUACCCGCACCUGUACCCACCCUACCUCAUCCGCGGCUACCCCGACACGGCGGCACUGGAGAACCGGCAGACCAUCAUCAAUGACUACAUCACCUCGCAGCAGAUGCACCACAACGCGGCCACCGCCAUGGCCCAGCGAGCUGACAUGCUGAGGGGCCUCUCGCCCCGCGAGUCCUCGCUGGCACUCAACUACGCUGCCGGUCCCCGAGGCAUCAUCGACCUGUCCCAAGUGCCACAUCUGCCCGUGCUGGUGCCCCCGACACCAGGCACCCCAGCCACCGCCAUGGACCGCCUUGCCUACCUCCCCACCGCACCCCAGCCCUUCAGCAGCCGCCACAGCAGCUCCCCACUCUCCCCAGGAGGUCCAACGCACUUGACAAAACCAACCACCACGUCCUCGUCCGAGCGGGAGCGAGACCGGGAUCGGGAGCGUGACCGGGAUCGGGAUCGGGAAAAGUCCAUCCUCACGUCCGCCACGACGGUGGAGCACGCGCCCAUCUGGAGACCCGGUACAGAGCAGAGCAGCGGCAGCAGCGGCAGCAGCGGUGGGGGUGGGGGCAGCAGCAGCCGCCCCGCCUCCCACUCCCACACCCACCAGCACUCGCCCAUCUCCCCUCGGACCCAGGAUGCCCUCCAGCAGAGACCCAGUGUGCUGCACAACACAGGCAUGAAGGGUAUCAUCACCGCUGUGGAGCCCAGCACGCCCACGGUCCUGAGGUGGGCCAGGUCCACCUCCACCUCCUCACCCGUUCGCCCGGCUGCCACAUUCCCACCCGCCACCCACUGCCCACUGGGCGGCACCCUCGAUGGGGUCUACCCUACCCUCAUGGAGCCCGUCUUGCUGCCCAAGGAGGCCCCCCGGGUCGCCCGGCCAGAGCGGCCCCGAGCAGACACCGGCCACGCCUUCCUCACCAAGCCCCCAGUCCGCUCCGGGCUGGAGCCCGCCUCCUCCCCCAGCAAGGGCUCGGAGCCCCGGCCCCUAGCGCCCCCCGUCUCUGGCCAUGCCACCAUCGCCCGCACCCCUGCGAAGAACCUCGCACCUCACCACGCCAGCCCGGACCCGCCGGCGCCACCUGCCUCGGCCUCGGACCCGCACCGGGAAAAGACUCAAAGUAAACCCUUUUCCAUCCAGGAACUGGAACUCCGUUCUCUGGGUAAGACCACCCUGACAGCGGCCACCUUCAUAGACGCGAUUAUCAUGCGUCAAAUUGCUCACGAUAAAGGGGCGCGAGAAGGAGGUGCGCUGGCCAACGGCUCCCCUCGCGAUGGUUACCACGGCAGCAGCUACAGCCCCGAAGGGGUGGAGCCCGUCAGCCCUGUGAGCUCGCCCAGCCUGACCCACGACAAGGGGCUCCCCAAGCACCUGGAAGAGCUCGACAAGAGCCACCUGGAGGGGGAGCUGCGGCCCAAGCAGCCAGGCCCCGUGAAGCUUGGCGGGGAGGCCGCCCACCUCCCACACCUGCGGCCGCUGCCUGAGAGCCAGCCCUCGUCCAGCCCGCUGCUCCAGACCGCCCCGGGGGUCAAAGGUCACCAGCGGGUGGUCACCCUGGCCCAGCACAUCAGUGAGGUCAUCACACAGGACUACACCCGGCACCACCCACAGCAGCUCAGCGCACCCCUGCCCGCCCCCCUCUACUCCUUCCCUGGGGCCAGCUGCCCCGUCCUGGACCUCCGCCGCCCACCCAGUGACCUCUACCUCCCGCCCCCGGACCAUGGUGCCCCGGCCCGUGGCUCCCCCCACAGCGAAGGGGGCAAGAGCCCCCCAGGAGACAUAGGCAGCAUUCUCCCCAUUUCACAGAUGAAGAAACUAAGGCCUGGAGAAGUGAAUUCACUUGCCCACAGGGACACAGUCAGCAGGUCUCCGGAGCCAAGCAAGACGUCGGUCUUGGGUGGCGGUGAGGACGGUAUUGAACCUGUGUCCCCACCGGAGGGCAUGACGGAGCCAGGGCACUCCCGGAGUGCUGUGUACCCGCUGCUAUACCGGGAUGGGGAGCAGACGGAGCCCAGCAGGAUGGGCUCCAAGUCUCCAGGCAACACCAGCCAGCCACCAGCCUUCUUCAGCAAGCUGACCGAGAGCAACUCCGCCAUGGUCAAGUCCAAGAAGCAAGAGAUCAACAAGAAGCUGAACACUCACAACCGGAAUGAGGCUGAAUACAAUAUCGGCCAGCCUGGGACGGAGAUCUUCAAUAUGCCCGCCAUCACCGGAACAGGCCUUAUGACCUAUAGAAGCCAGGCGGUGCAGGAACAUGCCAGCACCAACAUGGGGCUGGAGGCCAUAAUUAGAAAGGCACUCAUGGGUAAAUAUGACCAGUGGGAAGAGUCCCCGCCGCUCAGCGCCAAUGCUUUUAACCCUCUGAAUGCCAGUGCCAGCCUGCCCGCUGCUAUACCCAUAACCGCUGCUGACGGACGGAGUGACCACACACUCACCUCGCCAGGUGGCGGCGGGAAGGCCAAGGUCUCUGGCAGACCCAGCAGCCGAAAAGCCAAGUCCCCAGCCCCGGGCCUGGCGUCUGGGGACCGGCCACCCUCUGUCUCCUCAGUGCACUCGGAGGGAGACUGCAACCGCCGGACGCCGCUCACCAACCGUGUGUGGGAGGACCGGCCCUCGUCCGCAGGUUCCACACCAUUCCCCUACAAUCCCCUGAUCAUGCGGCUGCAGGCGGGUGUCAUGGCUUCCCCACCCCCACCGGGCCUCCCCGCGGGCAGCGGGCCCCUCGCUGGCGCCCACCACGCCUGGGACGAGGAGCCCAAGCCACUGCUCUGCUCGCAGUAUGAGACACUCUCCGACAGCGAGUGACUCAGAACGGGGGAAGGGGGGGCGGUGUCAGGUCCCAGCGAGCCACAGGAACAGCCCGGCAGGAGCAGGGUGGCUGCCAACUCCCCCCACCGAGGAAGGAGCCCCUGAGUCCGCCUGCGCCUCCAUCCAUCCGUCCGUCCAGAGCCGGCAUCCUUGCCUGUCUAAAGCCUUAACUAAGACUCCCGCCCCGGGCUGGCCCUGUGCAGACCUUACUCAGGGGAUGUUUACCUGGUGCUCGGGAAGGGAGGGGAAGGGGCCGGGGAGGGGGCACGGCAGGCGUGUGGCAGCCACACGCAGGCGGCCGGGGCGGCCAGGGACCCAAAGCAGGAUGACCACGCACCUCCACGCCACUGCCUCCCCCAAAUGCAUUUGGAACCAAAGUCUAAACUGAGCUCGCAGCCCCCGCGCCCUCCCUCCGCCUCCCAUCCCGCUUAGCGCUCUGGACAGAUGGACGCAGGCCCUGUCCAGCCCCCAGUGCGCUCGUUCCGGUCCCCACAGGCUGCCCCAGCCAACGAGAUUGCUGGAAACCAAGUCAGGCCAGGUGGGCGGACAAAAGGGCCAGGUGCGGCCUGGGGCAAAUGGAUGCUCCGAGGACUGGACUGUUUUUUUCACACAUCGUUGCCGCAGCGGUGGGAAGGAAAGGCAGAUGUAAAUGAUGUAUUGGUUUACAGGGUAUAUUUUUGAUACCUUCAAUGAAUUAAUUCAGAUGUUUUACGCAAGGAAGGACUUACCCAGUAUUACUGCUGCUGUGCUUUUGAUCCCUGCUUACCGUUCAAGAGGCGUGUGCAGGCCGACAGUCAGUGACCCCAUCACUCGCAGGACCAAGGGGGCGGGGACUGCUGGCUCACGCCCCGCUGUGUCCUCCCUCCCUCCCUUCCUUGGGCAGAAUGAAUUCGAUGCGUAUUCUGUGGCCGCCAUCUGCACAGGGUGGUGGUAUUCUGUCAUUUACACACGUCGUUCUAAUUAAAAAGCAAAUUAUACUCCA